GGCGGCCGCCAUUCUUUCUCCCAUACCGUGUACCUUGGCCAAGCCACGAGACGCCAUCUCCUCCGCCCUUGUGCCUUCAAAAAAUCCUGACAUGACACGCUGGUGUGGUACGUGGAACGUUUGUGAGAGGUAGAAUGGUGUCUCCUGCGCCGUGGGAGGCAGGGAAAUUCCGCUUCCUAACCCCACUUAGACCCUUGGCUUCCACCACCUGCGUCUAAUUUUGCCUCCAAGAAAUCCAACUGGCUGCGCCGUCCUCUCUCUCUCUGAAUUCGAUUCGAAAAGUCUCUCAAGCGGAAGACCUCUUGGUCUUACGUCGUCGUCUUCUUUCCCUUGUUCCUCUCCUACUUGGAGAGCUUGUGUCUUUUUUCUUCGUUCUCUGGGAUUCAAUACUGAAGCUUCAGGAGGAUUCCACGUACUGAGAUCGCCAAUCACGCAAAGCUGCAAUUUUUAUCGUUCCGGCGACCCUUGAAAGCCGUAAAGGUCACAUCUUUUCGCUGAGGUCCCUCCGAAUUUCUUGAGGAUAAUCGAUUUGACACGUCCCCUGUGGGAAGAUUGGUGUAGCGAGAGGGAGCAGGGUUGGCGCGAAUGGACCGCCCGCAGUCGUCGGAGCGGGGGCCGGUGGUGGCGAUCGAGUGCGUUGCGGGGAGCUCCAAGGCGGAGGAGUGGGGUGGGGACAUGCUGCAGACCGGGGACGUGGUGGAGGAGAUCAAGAUCGGGGGGUCCCCCGCCGUCCACUCCCCGUUCAAGGGCGGGAGGAGCGGGGUCCAGAAGCUGCUCCACUCGGCCUUCAAGCGCGGGGACACGUCCAUCGAGGUGAGGGUCCAGCGAUGUGGCGGCGAGGCGGCGGAGCUCCAGGCCUGCAUCGUACCCCACAGCCCGGCCGGGCGGCGCCAGUACGUGCUCCGCUCCAUUCGCGACCCCAACUACGCCGUCGGGUUCGUCGACCGCAUGGUGAGCGAGUGCGUGGCGUUGCAAGGCUCAAGGAGCUCGAGGGUGGUCUGUGCACUGAGCACUGCCAAGGUUCAGGAUGGAUAUGUACCGUACAAUUGGGAAAAAAAGAUGAAGGAAUUUCUUCCAGUGCCCAACUCAAGCUGCUUCCUCUCAAUGCUGGUACUUCCAAAGGCGCUGGACCUGCUUGCUUCUCGUUACAAUUGCCUUGAGGACACCUUGGCCCGUGCAAACACUUGGCUCUUCGCUUCUCAGGCUUCAGGAGUCCCCAUUGAAUUCAUGAAUGUCCAGACUGAGGCUCUCUUAACCAAGAUAUCUGGUGAGACAGCAUCUGCAACCGUGAACAGUGGAUCGUUAUCGGAUCUUUCAAAUCUUGCAAACGUUAGCCUCUAUGGGUUUGAGGAUUACCAUGGGGUUGACAUUGGAGUGGUCAGGGCAGUUAGGCUUUGGGUCACCCCAGCUGCUGGGGAACUGGCAGUAGAUAUUAAACUUCAAGAAGGUGAUACGAAACUGGGAUUUGCGAUCAGUUGCACCGAAGAGGGUUUCAUCUACAUUUCCUCAGUGGAUGAUACGGAUGAUGAAGCAGCUUCCACACGAUCAGGGCUUCGAGAUAUGUUCAGACAAGCAAGAAAUGCAUACAAGCUGCUGGUGAUCUCGAGGGUGUCAAAUGAAAAAGUUCUCCCUUGGAUGGUGUCUUCUGCUGGAGCAAUUCGCUGCUUUGAUACCAUCUCAAUCAGCCAGAAGCUCUCCUUGCAUAGGCAUGCUCUGAAGCCAAUUCGAAUACAUGUUCUGAUGUGGGAGCAGCCAUCGGCUUAUGAGUUCGCAGAGUAUAAAGCUGCAGCACCAAUUUCUCUUCCGUUACCUCCAUCGACAGCUGAUGCAUUCGAGACGGGGUUUGAGAGGGACACUGCUGGUGAUGUGUCGUUCAGGUUCAAUGAAAUUUCCCGAUCAAAUGGGUGGGUGUGACCAUACCCUUUGCACAGAGUAGUUUCAGUUAGUGAGUUGAGAGCUGGUCUUUUCAUAUUCUCUGUAGUUGCUUCUAUUUCUACACCUAGUUGAAGCACCUUUAUGUCGCGUGUGAGUUGUGCUGAUUGGUCUUAGUUCAGAAAUUAUGACAUGGUUUACAGGAAGAUGUUCUCUAAUACUGCUAUAUGCUUGUCUAAAGUUAAUAUCUUUUCACCUUGUUUACUA